AUGCGUCGCUACGGUUUCUCCAGUCGCCCAAGCCUCUCUCCUUUUAGCUCCAGCCUCGGCCAUGGCGGCGUCCCCAACGUCACCGACGAGGACUUCAGCUACAUCACCUCGCAGGAUCUUCAGGACCAAGGCGUAGACGUCCCUAGCCGUUCCUAUGCCCCUCCAUCACAGUACUACGACGUCUACUCCUCCUCUGCCCCGUCCCAGGCUUACUUGCGUAACAAGCCUGAAGACGAUGUUAUGCUGGUCAAGUACCAGGGCAUCACCUACCCGGAACACUUUCCCGCCUACUGCAUCGGCGACGGAAAAUUGCUUGUCAGCGAUGUGCGGGAGCGUGUGCGGAUGAUCAUGGACCUCACAGACCGCCAGGCAAAGCGUGUCAAGCUCUACUACAAGGGACGCCGGCUGAGAGAUGCCGACGCUCCUGUAAGGGAAUAUGGUGUCAAGAACAACAGCGAGGUCCUUAUGGUCUUGGAUGAUUCAGGUCAGGCAAGCAGCGAGGACAGCAACGAGGAGUUGGUUGUUGUCGGCCGCAACAAGUACGAAGGCCAGGUGAUCAGGAAUGGGCGCGAGAAGAGUCACCGAUAUGCCCCUUCCUCGCCGAGGACAAGCCGGAGGGAUGGCUUCGGGGGACGCAGCCCUCGGGAGACCACAUCAUCUUUCGGCAGCCUCGACAUUCCGGCCGAUGAUGGCAGAGGCUACAGACGGGCCAAGUCCAGGGUUCGGACUCAGUCUCCCUCGGGAUCGGCCCUGUCCACUGCCAGCGCCCCCAACCUUCCUUCUAUUUCACCUCCCCCUAUGGGCAAGCCUGGCGGUCCUAUUCAGCGACUUAACAACCUCGCCCUUCAUUUUGAGACGACACUUCUUCCCUUGUGCAUCGACUUUAUGGCACGGCCACCCCCGGACGCCGGGGAAAGAGAAAAGGAGCACAGGAAGAUUUCGGAGACGAUUAUGCAGCAGGUGAUUCUCAAGCUCGACGAGGUCGAUACCUCGACAGAAGAUGGAGCCAGAGCUAGAAGAAAGGAGUUGGUCAAGUAUGUCCAGGACAUCUUAAAGCUCGUUGAUGAUGUCAAGGCGAAGGGAAGGGUAUAA